AUGGCCGCGACUGCGAGGGCUGCGAGUGGCUCGGAAUCUGGACCCACCCGACGUCAAGCCCCAGCACACCCCAGCAUGGACCCCUCUGGCCAAAAAAAAAAAGCCGAGCUUGAAAGGAGACCAAAGAAGAGAACGAAACUUUGGGCUUUCGCCGGCAUCUACAAGUGCACCUGGAGUCUGGCUUAUUUUGUCCGAGGGGGGGAGCCCAGCCCAAGUCCCGGCGACCCCUGA